UGGGAAAGUUUUUCUCCUGAGGGGGGUGAGAGACCAUUCCACCUCACCGCAGCGGCACAAGUGACCGAGCUCCCUCUGCUUCUCAACUCCGACUUGGACUCUCUUUGUCCCGCUUCCACUGGGACGGAGCUCUCGCAGAGGACCACCACCGCGUACGGCUCGGGGGGAUGACCGCGGCCCGUUAGUGUGGGCGAACAAAAGAGUGAACCAGAGAGAUUUUGAGCGGCUCCUCCGCUUCAAUCUCCCCGCCUCUGAGGCCAUGGGCUGCGGUUUGAGGAAGUUGGAGGACCCGGAGGACAGCAGCCCGGGGAAGAUCUACUCGACGCUGAAGAGACCUCAAGUGGAGACCAAGACUGAGACCGUCUACGAUUAUGUCCUCCUGGACUUUAGCUUGGAAGGUAGCCGCCCAACAGUGCAGUACGUGUCGUCGCUGGCCGAGCUGCCUCAGGCGCUGCAGCCGUACUACACGCAGGGCUACGUCCUGGCCGCCCUGCACCCCAUCAUCCUCUCCGUGGGCCGCACCCGUUCGCUGCCCUUCAGCCUGCUCUACCGCGCCGUCCUGGCCAGGCCCAGACUGAGUCAACAGACGGCGUCCAUGUGUCACAGCGUGCCCGUGCUGAGGGUGGAGGAGUGGCCGCUACCCGGAGACUCGCUGACGGGCGACAUUGUUCGAGCGCUCAUUGACAGGGUGAACAGCAGUGCCCGCGGUGGGGUCCGUUUUGUCGGCUCAGUCCUCCAGCAGGUGAGCGUGCUGAGCAAUGGCAGCAGGCUGCAGAGUCCAAAGAGGGGCUGCCGCUCACCCCCGCACUCUCCCCCUCGCACUCCCCCAGGAGACCGCGAGCUGGAAGACAACACGUACAGUCCUGACAUGCGACUUCUGGUCUUCUUCCACUCCUGGGCUCCGGGUUGUGCUCCUAUGGACUCGUUGGCGUGCCAGUACCACCAGGGGGCGUUGUCCAUGCGCGUCUCCAGGAAGGGCCAGGUGGUGAGCGCCCUGGAGGCCGACUGGCUGGAACUGACAGCGGCCUACUACCGCAGAGGCUGGUCGCUAGUGGACUCCUUCGUCUACUGGGACACCCCGAAAGGCGAGCCUGUGCCACGGUCGCUGGAAGGCCUUUUUGUGUAUGAAGAGAGUAGCACCGCCCCUCCUGCCAAUGACACCAUCGUGGUAGAGCAGUGGACCGUCAUUGAGGGUUCCAGUGUGAAAACAGACUACGGGCCGCUGCUCCACACUCUGGCUGAGUUUGGAUGGCUGCUGACGUGCGUGCUGCCCACUCCCAUCAUACGACAUGACAGUGAUGGGAAUCUGGCCACCAAGCAAGUUGUGUUCCUUCAGCGGCCCGUCAGAAAUCAGGCGGCAGCACAACACAGGAACCAGGUUCUGUCAGUGCACGGCGACGUCUCUAGUCGCUCCGUGAGUCGCUCCGUCAGCGGCGGCGCGCUUCAGCAGGAGGUCUCCCAUGUGGCCGGGGGCAUCGGCGGCUUCCCGGUGUUCGGAGGGGGGUUCCCCAGCUCCCUGUCGCACCUGGAGGAGGGCGGCUUUGACCAGGAGGAGGGCAAAGCGGAGGUGACGUGCAUGUGAGCGGACUGACGUCAUGAGCUCUCCAGAUGGAGGAAAAGCCACUUCUUCCAUGGCUAUGCACCCAAAACUUUCAUCCUCUGCUGUGGGAGAACUCUGCACUUUGUUGUUUUGAAGCGAGGCCAUAAUGAGAAAAACAUAUUGAAAGCCAUUUGAGCAUUUAUUCGAUAUGCUUGACAGCCUGCUUAAGGCCCAUAUGCUAGUAUGCUCUGAAGACGACUACUAGUACUACUAGUGAAGACAAAAGCGCGUACUAGUACAUGGACCUUAAGUUGGAUAACGACUUUCCGGUGGGCCUGCAGGUCGGACUUUUGACACCCUAGAGUUUUAUUUUUAUCAGGGUUACUCUUGGAUUUCGGAAACAGAGCAAAAAGAAACAAAAACAAAAAAAGAAAAUCAGCUAUAAUUACCUUUUUAAAAGGGCAAAAAAAAUGUGUUGUCUGUCUGAUCUUUGCUGCACUGUGAUUGGCCAAUCAGCAGUUUCAGGGUGUUGCUCAGCAGGAGGUCAAUUUUGCUAGUCUUUCAAAUACCUUUUUUAUUUUUUUUAACAGUAAAACUUAAAUGUGAAGUGAACUUUACCUUUCAGUGACAAUUCUGGCACCAAGUAUUUUCAUGUUCAAGUUCUGUGGUGUCGUUACAUCUUUUUUGGCUUAUAACUGGUAACCUUGUAAAAAGAUAUACACAAUCCAAAGAAAAGAUACUAAAAAAAAACAUACAGGUUGGGAUCAAUGUGAUUCUACACUGUUUUUCUACUUUUGGGCCAUAUGGACCAGAAGUUUAGUUAAAUUUCCAUGUUGCCAUACCUUGCAAGUAGGCAGGCCACUAUUGUUUUUAUCUAUUAGGAGUGUGAGUCGGUGCUCUGCCAGGUUUUUAUUUAUUGGUUUGAGAUGGUUUAUGCACAAAAGUCAGUCAGUUUUUUUCCCUUGUGGCUUUUUUGAUCGGCUACAUUCCAGUCACUAUUUCCUGGUACACACGAGGAGGUCACAGCAUUUACACUAUAUGGACAAAAGUAUUGGUACUAAUUUGAAUUCCCUCACAUACACAAUUUCUUCACGUUUCACUUCCCGUAACUGGAACAUGUCCCAAUACUUUUGGCCAUGCAGAGUCCUUCCGGACGGCAGCCAUGUUGGUUCCCAGUCUGGGUGGUGCCAUUUCACACAUCUUUCUCUCUUUAACAGUAUUAAUAGUGUGCAUGGUACUCCAUUAAACGAAGCGUUCAUAGAUAUUAAAAUCAUGGUGUUGCAAAGUACUACAGCAGUAUUAUAAGAAGGACACACUUGUGUUAUUUGUAAAUGUAAACCAGCCUUCCUCCAUUAAUAAAAUGUUGCUAUUAUAAUGAAAACACUGUUUAAAACAUGAAUACUAAAUGUCAGUAUUAGUUCCAGUUUUGUUUUUGAGUUGUAUAAUUUGCUUCCGUUUAUGGAUCGUGCCUAUUGAAACAAAUAAAUGUCAUUUUCAUUUCUGAUUAACAAUGUCACAAG